CAAAAUGUUAUGUCAUUUAUAAUAAAUAAUAAUGGUGUAACUAUUAUUAGUUAUAAUCAUGCCAAGAAAAUGUUCAAUAGUUAAUUGUACCACAAAUUAUUUAACAUCAACUUCAGAAGAAAAGCUUCAUGUUUAUAUGUUUCCAAGUGACACACAAAAGUUACAAUAUUGGUUGUCACCUAUUCCAAAUGCGUUUGAAAAAGUAACUUCAAAUAUGGGUGUGUGUGAAAAACACUGGCCACCAGGCUGCAAAAUGCACAAGCCUCCUCGAUCAAAGUUUGAGGUUCCUUUUGAUCCCCCAUCUACUUUUCCUGGAUGCACAUCUUCAAUGGUGCGCCAAACAGUCUCAACACAACCAAGAUCUACAAAUAUAAAUAAAAUUUCUUUAACAUCACGAAAUGCAAUACCUGAUGAAUUGGAUGAUUUCAAUCAAAUUGAUUUAAUUAGAUUUUAUGUUGAAAUAAUGUUGUCUGAAAUAAAAGAAAGAUAUCCUCAAUACAUUGCAUUCAUUGAAAAUUCAAAAGUCAUAUUGUUUGAUGUUUCUCGAUCAUGUCUACCUGAAACAAUAUUUUCUGUUGAAAUUAACUGUCAUUCACGUCAAGUUAAUAUUUAUUGUAGGCAUACAAAAGUUAACUGCUAUGACCUGCUCAGUUUUUCUCAUUGUCUUACUCGGUGGUCACAGCUUGAAGCUAUUGUCAAAAGAGUUUGUACCUCUAGUCCUGAAAUAAAAGAUGAGGUAUUAAGUUUGAUUAGUCAAAUUGAAAAUACAUACAGUGAUACUUCUGAAUAAAUUUCUUUCCUCAUUGAACAACUACGCCUCACCACUUAUUCUCC